ACCCCCCAGCACCAAUGGGAGGGGCAGAGCCAUCGCCCUUUAUAAGCCGCCCCCUCCCUCUUACUGGGCAUUUCCUCAGCUUCUUCAUAACGUCCCUUCCCUGUCUGUUGAGCCAUGGCCAGUUGCCCUAAAUCCACUCUCGAAAAAUCUAUCUGCGAUCUGGUCGAAACUUUCAGAAGAUACGCGGGCGCAGACGGUGUCCUAGACCCCAAUGAGCUGAGAAACAUGGCCAUGAAGGAAUUCCCCACUCUGUGUGAGAGUGACCAGAAGGACAGCAUUAUGAAGGACGUGUUCCAGCAGAUGGACAUGGACAACGACAACAAGGUCUCCUUCAAGGAAUUUGCCCUUUUCUACUGUUUCAUCUCCAUCUCUCUGGCCGAUCUGAUGUAUAAGUGCAAGUAGCUCUGUUAUUGUAUUGUGUGAAAUGUCAAUAAACAUCACUUCCCACCUUC